CCUAAAUCAAUUAACAUUCCUGCCCGCCCCACUCCUCCCUCUCUCCGCUUCAUGGCUGGACGAUCUUAAAGAUCUCUUCACGUCAUGACUCGGUUAAUCGUCAACCCUAUGACUCAUCCUCCAGUCCGGACCUUUGUCCUCCUCAGUCAGAGCGCCUUCCUCCCAUUCUCCUUCAGACGCGCAGCGCAGUCGACUACACACCUCUUUCUGUCGACGGAGGGAAAGAGCGACCCCUCCUAAAUCCUGUGAUGUCAUCUGAGAGCAGCUAAGUCCACGGGAUUGGAGGAUCUCGCCAUAAAGUUCCUGAGAACAUUCGGCCCCUUUCCUCCCACAUCGGCACGUCCCUUGUUUCCUGCCGGGAGAAAACUUCCACCCUCAGGUCGCGGAGUCGCUCGCAUCAGCUGCCUUUCUCCGUCCGACUCCACCAACGACUCACAAUGGAGACGGUGAAGAAGAAGAUCCAGGCGCUUCAGGAGCAGAUAGACCAGGCGCACCAGCACGUGGAGAGCGUCCAGAGGGAGUUGGACGAAGAGCGGCAGGGUCGGGAAAACGCAGAGGGCGAGGUGGCCUCUCUGAACCGCAGGAUCCAGCUGGUGGAGGAGGAACUGGACCGUGCUCAGGAGAGACUGACCACGGCCCUGCAGAAGCUGGAGGAGGCUGAGAAAGCUGCGGACGAGAGCGAGAGAGGCAUGAAGGUGAUCGAGAACCGAGCCAUGAAAGACGAGGAGAAGAUGGAGAUCCAGGAGAUGCAGCUGAAAGAGGCCAAACACAUCGCUGAGGAGGCCGACCGCAAAUACGAGGAGGUGGCCCGUAAGCUGGUGAUCCUGGAGGGGGAGCUGGAGAGAGCUGAGGAGAGAGCGGAAGUCGCUGAACUGAAGUGUGGAGACCUUGAAGAAGAGCUGAAGAACGUCACCAACAACCUCAAGUCUCUCGAGGCCCAGUCUGAUAAGUACUCUGAGAAAGAAGACAAGUACGAGGAGGAGAUCAAGGUCCUGAACGACAGACUCAAGGAGGCGGAGACUCGCGCCGAAUUCGCUGAACGAACAGUUGCCAAGCUGGAAAAGACCAUAGAUGACUUAGAAGAAAGCCUUUCCUGUGCAAAGGAGCAGAACGUUGAGAUGCACCAGCAACUGGACCAAACGCUGCAGGAGCUCAACAGCCUGUAAGAGGUUGAGCCGCGGCAGCAAUCCUCUCAAUGCCAUCCAUUCCAUGUUAUUACUCUCUGUUCAUGUGAUGAGUGUUUCCCUCUAUGUAUUUAUGCGUCUUUUGUUUCCCACCCCUUUGUUUAAAAAAAUGGUUGAGGGUCCAUUUGAAGAAAAAAAAAACCGACUUCAGUGCUGGAAAUGUUGUUGUGACCAAACAUGCACAAAUAAAAAUGGUGACAG